AUGACGUUCACCAGUGAUGAAAUACAGCAAACCGAGAAGCCUCAGACCAUUCGGCAAACUCUUCAAAGGACACUGCAGUAUUUUGAGCAUCAAGUUAUUGGUUACAGGGAUGCGGAGAAGAACUUUCACAAUAUAUCAAACAGAUGCUCCUAUACAGACUGCUCUGGCAAUGAAGAAACUGAAGAUGUCUCAGGAAUUCUCCAGUGUACAGCUAAUGUUCUUGGUUUGAAGUUUGAGGAAAUGCAAGAAAAGUUUGGGGAGGAAUUCUUCAAUAUCUGCUUUGAUGAGAAUGAGAGAGUUCUUCGAGCUGUCGGUGGGACCCUUCAGGACUUCUUCAAUGGCUUUGAUGCUUUGCUGGAGCACAUUAGAACUUCAUUUGGAAGACAGGCCACCCUGGAAUCCCCUUCUUUCCUAUGCAAAGAGCUCCCUGAAGGCAAUCUCAUGCUUCAUUACUUUCACCCACAUCAGAUUGUGGGAUUAGCAAUGAUGGGAAUGAUAAAAGCAGCAGCAAAGAAGAUUUACCACUUGGAAGUGGAAGUAGAACAGGUCACUAAUGAUAAGUUGUGUUCAGAGGGGACGAACCCAGGUAACUGCAGCUGUCUGACUUUCCUUAUCAAAGAACAUGAAAAUGCAAAUAUCACAAAAGCACUUCCACCGGGAACUUCCCAGUCCCCCUUAGACCUGAGGAUUAGCAUCAGCACCUUCUGCAGAGCUUUCCCCUUUCACCUGAUGUUUGAUCCAAACAUGCUGGUUCUCCAGCUUGGAGAAGGUCUUAGGAAGCAGCUCAGAUGUGACACCCAUAAAACUCUGAAAUUCCAAGACUGCUUCGACAUAGUUUCUCCUAAAAUCAGUGCCACAUUUGAACGAGUUCUCCUGAGAUUGUCUACUCCCUUUGUCAUCCGGACCAAACUUGAGGAUUCUGGCUCUGAAAAGAAAGAUAAG